CACAACCGGACACCGACACAGCAUCACCGACCGUCUACAGCCGUCAAGAUGCUUAUCCCCAAGGCUGAUCGCAAGAAGAUCCACGAGUAUAUCUUCCGCGAGGGCGUACUCGUUGCGAAGAAGGACUUCAAUCUGCCGAAGCAUGGAGAUAUCGACACCAAGAACCUUUAUGUCAUAAAGGCUUGCCAGUCGCUCACCUCCCGCGGCUACCUCAAGACUCGCUUCUCGUGGCAGUACUACUACUACACCCUGACCCCCGAAGGCCUCGACUAUCUCCGUGAAUGGCUGCACCUCCCCGCCGAGAUCGUGCCUCAGACGCACAUCAAGCAGCAGCGCACGCACGCUCCUCCGCGAGGCAUGAUGGGCGGCGACGACCGUGAGCGCCGUGGUGGUGGACGUGGCGGCGGCCGCGAGGGAUACCGACGACGUGAUGCCGGUGAGAAGGGCGAGGGUGCUCCCGGCGAGUUCAAGCCUGAGUUCCGUGGUGGCUUCGGGCGUGGACGUGGUGCUCCUCCCUCUUAAGCGUCUCUAUGCUUGCGAGAGAAGCGGAGGACGGGACGGGGAGUCGUCUUCAUGUCGGGCUUUUGCUGUAUCGUAAAAUGGGAUCGGACAUGGCAUAUGGCGAAAUGAGUCGAUGAUACUUCCAAUGCACGGCUCAACUGAGUUGCCUGUCAACCUCGGUGAGCAUGUUCCCAAUGAUACCCAGUCUGUUGCGAUGUGACUUGAUUCGCGCCUCCGUGAUGAUGUCCGUUAUGGCGUUUACUCUGUGGUUGAACCACCAAUAUUGUCACAGAUAUCACUGUACGCGCUGUUAAAACAAAACGUCAAACAUGCCUAGUGCAGUCUCAGGU